CAAAUGGAAUCUAUUGUAAAUUUUUCAGAAAUUAUUAACCGGGAGAUGGGGCUGACAUACCCAUGUCGCACGACCCAAUCAGACCUGAAGUUCGAGCAGAAGUUCUACGGUUCGCUACACGUUGUUUAUAGGAUGGAGAAGCUCCACCAGCUGACUCAACAUAAAGGCUGUGUGAAUUCCAUAAAUUUUCACCCACAAGGCCACCUUCUGGCGUCGGGGUCGGACGACAUGAACGUGGUGGUUUGGGAUUGGGCGCGCAACCGGCCGCUGCAGACGCUGCGCACGGGACACAAGUCCAACGUGUUCCAGAGCAAGUUCCUGCACCUCAACGCACAGAGCCAGCUCAACAUAGUCACCUGCGCUAGGGACGGCCAGGUGAGCGACUGUCGCCCUUGUUGCCGUAAGGACACGUGGCGGUGACUGGGCACGGGACACAAGUCCGACGUGUUCCAG